GGGAGCGCCCUCUUCCAUGGCCUGCAGAUCUCGCCCUUUGCCAACAGCAGCUGGACGCGCACCGACGGCUCCGCCUGGCUGGGGGCGCUGCAGACCCACUCUUGGAGCGAUGGCUCAGACAUACACUUCCUGAGACCCUGGUCCCAGGGCAAGUUAAGCGACCACCAGUGGGAGCAGCUGCAGCAAGUGUUCUGGGUGUACCGGAGCAGCUUCAACAGGGAAAUCCGGGGAUUCGCCAAAAUGCUGCACGUGGACUAUCCCUUUGUGGUCCAGGUGUCCGCUGGGUGUGAGGUGCACCCUGGAAGCCCCCUAAAAAGCUUCUUAGACUGGGCAUUUCAAGGAAGCGAUUUA